GACAUGGUACACUUUGGGCAUGCCAAUUCACUGCGUCAAGCCAAGGCCAUGGGUAACUACCUGAUGGUUGGAGUGCACAGUGAUGCAGAAGUCACUGAGCACAAGGGGCCACCUGUCUUCACAGAACAGGAGAGGUACAAGAUGGUGCGUGCCAUCAAGUGGGUGGAUGAGGUGGUGGAGGCGGCUCCGUACGUCACCACGCUGGAGACACUCGACAAGUACGAGUGCGACUUCUGCGUGCAUGGAGAUGACAUUACAAUGACUGCUGAGGGCGUGGACACGUACCACAUCGUCAAGGCCGCCAACCGAUACAAGGAGUGUCUGCGGACCAGAGGCGUGUCUACCACGGAUCUUGUGGGACGCAUGCUGCUCAUGACUCGCAGCCACUUCAAGACCGGUAAGGACGAGUACUCGGUGGACCUGCCGCCGGAAGCGUCGCUGGAGCAGGGCGCCACGGCCCACAGUCCCUGGACGGGCGUGACUCAGUUCUUGCCCACCACCCAGCAGCUGAUUCAGUUCUCCUCCGGCAAGGUGCCCAAGCCGGGCGACCGGGUGGUGUACGUGGCCGGGGCAUUCGACCUGUUCCACGUGGGUCACCUGGAUUUCCUGGAGAAGGCCGCGGCGCAGGGCGACUUCCUCAUCGUCGGACUUCAUACGGACCCAAUAGUCAACCGCUACAAGGGCUACAACUACCCGAUCAUGAACCUUCACGAGCGCACGCUGAGCGUGCUGGCGUGUCGGUACGUGGACGAGGUGGUGAUCGGUGCGCCGUACCCGGUCACGCCCGACCUCAUGGACCACUUCCGCGUGGACGUGGUGUGUCACGGCACCACGCCCAUCGCCGACGACGUCGAUGGCUCUGACCCGUAUGCUGAGCCGAAGCGCCGCUCCAAAUUCAAGCAGAUCGAGUCGGGCAACGACAUGACGACGCAGAAGAUCGUAGAGCGCAUCAUCGAGCACAGAAUGGAGUUCAUGGUGCGCAACAUGAAGAAGGAGAAGAAGGAGAUGGCCGCCUAUGAGGCCUACUCACGCGCCCAUAAGGAGGCGCAGUAGACACCAUUUACACGUACCUCGCCCUCACGUACCCACGAGCAGCCCCGGUAGACGCCACAUCAGGGGCGUCAGCUGCCCACGACGGGCCCCGCAUACACCUCGCCUUCUCGUGCUGACGACGAGCCGCCGCAGAUGUCACGUCUGAGACCUCGGGUUCAGACUGGGGUCACGCGCGAGGUCUUUGGCGUUAACCCGCGUCAACACUGGAGAGUGUGCGCCAGGGCUUGCGUGCCUCCCACCUUCACCAGUCCGGCCUAACAAACUCCGAGUGUGAGGCGGACGGCGUCGGAGUGGCGCGUGGUGUUGGUGCGGAGCUAGCCCGGCCGGCCCCGUGGUUCACGUGAGGAGCCGAGCGCCCGGUAGGUGUUGGCGCGGAGCUAGCCCGGCCGGCACCGUGGCUCACGUGAGCGUGGUGUUGGUGCGGAACGAGCCCGGCCGGCCCCGUGGCUCACGUGAGGAACCGAGCGCCCGGUAGGGGGGAUCGGGGUGGGACAGGAACUGUUUGAAGCCAUGAUGCUGUGUGCUGGUUUUUCAGCGGGCGCUGCAGUCCGUUUGGGGCCAGCGCUGGGGUAGUCGGGGGUUGAAAACAGCGCUAGUCAGCUGUCGGCCCUCGCCCGGAAAUUACGGGCGGCGGGUGGAAUCGAGGAGCAAUAAUGGCCAGUGUGGUUGGAGUCGUCGAUAUGCUCUUAAUUUCUGAGACGAAACUCCAGCUGCGGUUUGUGGAGGGCGGCCGUGUGGGCGCUAUGCGUUGGUUCUAUUCAGUUCUGCGUGGUGUGCUCGUAAUUGCUUCCGCCUCCAAGCUUGGCGGACAUCACGCGGGUCGAAGUAAGUAUGCAUGUAGUUGAGUGUACUGCAGCAUCGGCACACAGUAUCCCAUUUUAAUCUGGCGAACUCAAGGAAUUCGUCCUCGCGCACUCCUAGUCACGUGAUACAUUUUCGUUGGGCAUGUCUCGGCUCACCCCCGCUCUGACGAACUUCGUGAGCGUGCCACCAGUGCAUGCACCACACAGAUGUAUGCGCCGCCGGCUGGUGUGCGCGGUGGGAACACCGGACAGAGCAUGGAGAAAUGGGCGAUGGACGCACCAACCAGCGGUGUUGCAUGCACUCGCGCUCCGUGCGUAGUGCGUGCAACAUAUGUAUAGGUGGUGUAGCGUGCGCUCGGGUUUGCCGGUCACUCAGUCCCUCGUAACGCACGCCAGUUCGCUGCGGUGUGUAUUGUAUCGUCCACGAACUGACCUUUCAGUUGUCCGUCACAAACUUAUGUACUGUUAAGGAGCUGGUGGGAGUGGGAGCUGGGCGCGUCCCACGGCGAUCCUGAUCUCGUUUGAUUCCUGUGCGGUAGCGGAUGGCUGGCCUUCGCGGCCGUCUUCAUUGGUUGCCACUUGACGCCCCGUGGCAGUGGCCAUGCUUGAACAGGCGUCUCUUGCCACCGGUCGUCUCCGGGUUAUCACCGGCAACGGCCGGUUAUCGUUGGUGUGCCGGAGUUCCACAGCAUCGAGCACGUGGUUAUUUUAUCAUCACCGUUGAUGAACUCUCGUUGCGGUGUCGCUACGUGUACCGCCUUACUUUUAAUGGUGGUGAGGUUUGCAGCACCCUACAUCGACUUCCGUAAUCAUGAAUGGCUCCUGGUUGGUCAGGAGGUCUUCGUUAAGUUCAGUGAUUCGUCGCUUCCCCACCGCUUAUUCCCGAUUGGCCAGUAGGGGUUGCUUCGCGAUUCACGCACGUUUAUCUUGUGAUUAUCCGAUGUGAAUAA